UGAGAAGUGCUGGGACGGCGUAACGGCAAUAACAGUCCUAUAAAAAUCUGGGAAUGUUUUAGUUUAAUACGGAAAGACAGGGCUUUUGUGCCGUCAGGGCCUGCAGGACUAGUGCACUGAUUCCUAAUAAUUUUAUGGCGUAAGAGAAAGUAUUUUUUUUUUUUUAGUAAACACAGUUUAAUUCUUUGUAAGAGCUUUUUGUAAGGCACAAACUGUGCUCUUGUUCAUCUUUUGUGGCUAGGAUCCUGCUGCUCAAAGUUAUUAGAAUGGGGACUCUUCUGCCUCACCGGGUGCUGAUAUCCUUGCUUGGGUGUUCGCUCCUGCUUGUGGCUGUUCAAGCCCUUCCUCCACCUCUGUUGAGCGAACUGUGUGCGGAAAGAGCAGAUGACUGUCUCAGCUCCCAGGAGUGCCGGGUUGUGAAGAACUGCCCUUCGUCCAACUGUGGUUUGACACCUACCUGUCUGUGGAAAUAUGUGGUCAAAUACGAAUUCGACGAAGUAUGUAGAAGUAAGGACUACUUUCACGCUCUACUGAUCAGUGACCCCGCCAAUCAAAACGCACUCGAGGAGUGGAAGUGUAAAGGUCCUAACAAAUUCAACGAUUGCCCACAUGGCUCAGUGUGUGUGGAUGACGAGGAAGGUGGAGGGACGUGUUGUCUGGGAAAACCUGAAUACAAAAAGCCUGGAUCUUGUCCCAUUAAUGACUUGGGUGCGUGUAAUGGACAAGAAUGCAGCCGUGACGCAGAUUGCCCCGGGGAAGAAAAGUGUUGUGAAGGAUGUGGCAAAAGGUGUAUUGAGCCAGUGCACGUAGAAAGAUGUAAUAAGGAAUGUCCAGUAGGACAAAGAUGUGUACUGAAAAAACCAGUUUGCAAACCCGGCACUUUUUGUAUCCAAGCCUUUGUCCCAACAUGUGUGCCAGUCGCAUGUGAGGCAUGUAGACCUAAUCAGGAAUGUCGUAAGGUCCUACGAAAAAGAGACUGCCUUAAUCCGGAGACAUGCCAGGAAUACAGAUAUUUCUGUGCCAUGAAGAGCAGCGGAGAGUGCAGCGCAGACGCGCCUUGUAGCUUCGGCAAGAAAUGCGACAGUCAACCUAUAUGUGUAGCCAUAGAACCACCAGUCCCGGCACCACCAGAGCUAUUUCCUGGACAAGAGGCUUCUGUGAUGCCAGGUGGAGCCCCACCACCCCCGCCGCCCGUACCUGGUGCACCGCCAGCGCCCCCACCUGGUGGAUUCCCGCCACCCCCGCCACCCCCACCACCAGCACCACCAGCACCUCCAGCACCUCCACCACAGAGGAAAAAGCGCUCCACGCAGAGCUUACUAUAUGAUCCCUAUUGCUCUACACACAGCUUUUGUGUGGUAGACAACUGCGGGGGUUGCAAAGAGGGUCAGAUUUGUAAGCAAACGAACAUAGAAUGUGUGACAAAACCCUGUGACAAUCACGUGUGUGUGGAGGACAAUGAGUGCGGAGGAUGUUUAGAUGGAAGAGUUUGCGAACUUGUUUACCCCCCUUGCGCUCCACCAGUUGACUGUUCUGCGCUCCUGGAGCUAAAUCCUGAGGCAGAGUGCCCCGAAAGCAACUGUGAGCCUGUACACGCCUGCAUUGAACCAAGGCCCGUAAUCACCUGUGCCAACGUGCGAUGUGCAGCAGGGACAACAUGUGAGAUGAUUGAGCCACCAUGCCCCACGGGACAGCCUUGUGAACCACCACGACCUCAGUGUAUACCUAACUGUUCUAAGGAAUGUCGCCCAGGUUUCCAGUGCGAGAGUCUCCAACCUCCUUGCCCGUUACCAGCCGUGUGCCUGGAAAGUGAAUCCCAAGACUGUGUUUCACCUACGUGUCCCAGCUUCGAAAGAUGUGCUGACGUCAGACCAAACUCCUGCGAUGACCUGAAGUGUCCUGGCGGGACGGAAUGCAAGAUGAUCACAGACACUUGCGGUCGUGGUAAGCUCUGUCGUAAGAUGGCCAAGGCGGAGUGUGUUCCCAUCUGUAGUCUGAAGUGCCGAUCAGGUCGCACGUGUCAACUCACCUCGAAAUGCCCAUCUGAUGGAAGCGAGUGUACGCACCAACAGAGAUGCGUACGCAAACCAGGAACGUGUCCAAAAAAAUGCAGGCCUGGUAUGGAAUGUGUCUUGCGCAAACCAAGAUGCUCAAGAGGACGAAUGUGCAGAGCACGUUACGUGUGCAUGCAUAUCCGGGGAACAUGUCCUCGUCUCCCAAGCCAGAAGCCUGACAAAAAUUCCUACAUUUGCAGGAGAGAGCGUAGACGAUAUCGUGACUGUGUCAGUGACCACCAGUGUAGAACAAAUCAUAAAUGCUGCACCUCAAAGUGUGAUCGCAAGAUAUGUAUGGCAGAACAGAAACCUUGAAUUUAUGGCCUGAUAGUCGUUGAAGGAUAUCACUUUUUAAACAACGUUUUUGUGGGGUACAAUUUGAUAAAACGUUGAAGUGUUUCUCUUGUAAGGAUUUUUUGUUUGGGUUUUUAUUGGUCUUGAUUUUGUUUUGUCAUGUUUUGUUUUGUUUUGUUUUUAUUGAGGUUUUUUUGUUUGUUUUGUUUUGUUUCUUCGAAUUUUGUAUGUUGGGUGCAGUUAUUUCGACACAAUUGCCUGUAAAAUUGCUCUUACUUUUCGGUUGGCGCUUUCUCUACUCAUUACUUAGAAAUCUAACUUUUUGAAGUCACCUUCUUAUUCUCAGUUGUUGGGUUUUUGUUUUGUUUUCUGUUGUUGCUUUUUUGUUUUUUGUUUUUUGUCUGAACCAAAGUCAAACCAAUCGGUACUCCACAAAGCUAAAUACAAUACCAUAAUAUUACCGAAACGAUUUUCAGAAAUAAACUUGGUCUGUUGCACUAUUCCAAAACUUC